AUGCGUGCGUCUUUUCUUUUUCUUUUUCUUUCUCUUCUUCUAUCAGUGAACGGGAUUAGCCUGCCGAAGAUACCGAAAGUGAGUGGAACAAUGAUGCUGAACAUGUCUCUGACUUUUACAGCUUUCUGACCUCAUAAAUCCCUUUCAACAGUAUAAGUUACGUGAUAUAUUGUCUUCGCUGACCGAUCUCGAUACUCCGGAUAUCGCUUCUGUAAGAAGAAGUCUUCUUUUUUUAACGCUCUUCAUGUACAACUUCAGGACCAAUUACAACCCCUUCCGGAGCAUGAAUACACAGACCGAUUGAGCAGUAUUUCAGACCUGAACAGAUCCAAACGGUAGAUUGGCUGAUGGUUCCUAAUCAUGUCAAUUCCUUCAGAGAUUUACUUUUCCAAGGGGACAUUCAUCUCUCCUUCGAGCAUCUUUCUAACAUUGUUCGUGAGCAACUUGAUCAUCCGAGAAGCAAAAGAACUGCAUUCCGGAAUGGGCAGUACCCGAAAACCAUUUGGAAACCUUACGUUCCAUUCGAACUUCACUCCUCCCUUUGUAAGUGUUCAAUGAUUACUUCUCGUUAUUUCGUGAUUCCAGCUGCAAAGUCACGAGCUUCUCUCAUCGCUGCGAUGACAUUUUGGGAGAAGAACACGUGUAUUUCAUUCAAGAAACGGACGAAUGAAGAAGUUUAUUUGCUGAUGUCAGGAGCGGAGGACGGUUGCUGGAGUACUGUAGGAAGGGACGAGGCUCAGAAAGCGCAGAUCCUGAACAUCGGAGCCGGAUGCGAAAUGUUUGGAAUCACUUCGCACGAACUGGCGCACGCUCUCGGUCUCUUCCACGAGCAGUCCAGAUACGACAGGAAUAGUUACGUGCAAAUUGUGAAGUCGAGGAUAGCGUCGAAGAACUUUUACGAUUUCGCGGUAGUAGGAAAAAAGAAUAUGGACACGUACGAACAAAAGUACGACAUCGGAAGUGUGAUGCAUUACAGACCUACCGAGUGAGAAAUGACAAUGGAGAAGCGGUGAAUGGGGAAUUGUUAUAGGUUUUCGACGGACGGAGGGAACACGAUCAUUGCGAAAGAUUCGAAUAUGCAGAACACAAUGGGACAAUUCCGAGGCCACUUUCCUCGAUGUGGACAAGAUCAACAGGCACUACGACUGCGGAAGUCUGUGCAAGAACUCUCUGGAUUGUGCGAAUGGCGGGUAUCAGAACCCACGGAAUUGCAACAUUUGUGUGUAGGUCCUUCUGAUCUCCUGAACAGAUUGUAGUUGCGAAUGCAGGUGCCCUCCUGGAUACGGUGGAACGGAUUGUACGGACGUUGAGCCAUCGAAUCCGGCCAAAUGUAGCGGCAUUCUGACGGCUGGAGAGACGCAGAGAAAGUUCACGAUAAACAUGAAACCGAAGAACGAUGUGAACGGAGUCCGCAAGUGCAACUAUCACAUUCAAGUAGUCAAAGGUGGCACUCAACUCGGAAAGUCUCAGAAAAUUUCAGGCUCCUCCUGGAAAAAGAAUCGUGAUAAUCGUGGAUUCGGUGAUUGGAAAUUGUGUUCAAGGAUGUUAUGAGGAAGGCGUCGAACUUAAAUUGUACAAUGACAAAACGGUCACCGGCGCGAGAUUCUGCUGUAAACUGAAGCAGCCACAGACGGUUAUUUCUCAAGGAAAUGUGGUCCCUGUCAUGUUGGUGGCUGGAAAAGCGCAGUCUUUUGUUCAAUUGCGUUAUUCGACUGGCAAGGCGAACGUUUCAAAACUGAACAAACUUGUGCUUUCAGUGGAUCUUCCUCAAAACCGAAGUCCAACUGAUGGGAACAGUGCUUUUGGAAGUGUCAAUCCUCUUCUAAUCGAGAACUAUCAGGACAGUUCGAUUGAUAGUGAAGCUAUCAGAAAGGAAUAUCUGGUACUUUUCACAUCGUGCCAAUUUUUCUGAAAGAUUACUUUUCAGCUCAGAGCCGACGAUGUCGACGAGGAAGACUUUGAAACUCUCGUACGAGGGGAAUUCAUGAACGAUAAAGCCGAGGAGCUGUAG